AUGUCACUCAAACGUCCUUUAUCCCCUGAAUCAAAUAUUAAUUCUAUCAAUAAUACCGUACGUCAAUCAAAACGCUUAAAACUUCAUUCAAUAAUACAAAAAUUACAAAAUGAAGAAGCUUGUUUAGUGUUAUUAAAAAAAUUACGAACAAAUCAACAGUUAUUAACACAGAAAAUUAAUAAAACGAAAACAGUAACAAAUGGUUAUCAUCCCAUAGAAAAACACAGUGUAAUUCCAUCAACGCAAUCAGCGCAAAUACAAACAACUAAUAUACCAACAUCUUCACAACAGCAACUGCCAUUGCCAUUGCCAGCUGCAAUACGUAAAUCAUCGAAUUCUCCAUUAUUAACAAAUAUAACUAAAGCAUCAAAAAGUCCUUCGUUUGAAGAAUAUAAAACUCAAGCUAAACUCGCCUUACGUAAACAGUUAGAACGUGAUUUACUAAAUAUUUCAUUGCCGAAACCCUCAUUGCAAGAUGUUGUCUUUGUUCCAAAUGGAACAAGUCUCGAAUUUCAACUAUUUCUUGGUCUUGAAGAUGCCAUACAAUGUUUAAAUGAAUUACAAGCUGGCCGUCAACGUGCCCCACAACGUUUUACUGAUCAAGCAUCUACUGAUCAACCCUACGCAUGUGAUCAAUGUGGAACAGAUUUCACGAUACGCUGGUGGAAACACAUAAAUCCAAAACUAUCGAAUGAAACCACAAGUGUUUUAUGUGAUCGUUGUAAAAAACAAGUUACUCGACGAGCAUCAAAAUCUGAUCAUUCAGCAUUAUUGAAAAAUGUUUUUCUUUCUGCCAUGCAACAAGAAAAAGAGAUUGAUAAACAUUUUACUACAUUGAUGAAACAACACAAAACAUCUUCUCGAUUAUCAUCAACAAAACCAGUAACAACAAAUACGCCUCAAAUACAUUCUAAAUCAAUUGCAACACCAAAUAUUCUUUCAAAUAAUCAUCAAUAUCAAGCAAUAAAAAUGAAGAAUUCUUCAUCACAAAAUUUUGCUUCGAAACUUCCACAACAGUUAGCAUCAGGAAUCAAUGCAAUGCGAAAAUCGACCGUAAAUGUUCAAUUAGGAGCCAACAGUUCAACAAUGAAACAUGGAAAUAAUUCUCGAACACUACAAAUUAACAAAACGCCUUUACCCAUUCAUCAUCAACAACAAUGUCGUUCUGUUAAUACUGUACCACAAUCCACAAAAAUGAAUCAAUCAUUUAAAGUGUCAAAAAAUACUAUGAAAAAAGAAACAAUUAUGGCGCCACCUCGUUCGGUACUUCAGCCUAAUCCUGAUCUUUUGCAUGCAUUUUUAUCGUCGACUCUUUUUAAACCAGCAGCUACCAAACGAUCAACGUUAUCUAAAUUUAAAAACAAAUAA